AUGGCGUGCAUUGGUGACGACGACGUUCGGGCACUGGCGUCUUCGAUCUUGGCCAGCUUAGACCAUGCCACAUGUAGUGAGUGGCUGUCGGAAGAGAGCCUGGCUCACCACAUCACAUCAGUCAUGUACAGCAAUAAGGGCACGCGCGCAGUGCUCCCGGUAGCAUUUGAACCCGCGUCAGCGCCAGAACCACGGAUGACAGCAGUAUCCCAUCAAUCAAGUUUGGCUCACUUUCAAGCUGCGAGGGUUGAGCGGGAAGCACUCUUUCGACUUCAUUUGACGAGUGCAAGUGAGCAAAGGUCGCAUUGCGCCUCGAGGGACUCCUCAAGCGACAUUUCAUCCGAUCUCUCUGACGACGACGAUUGUACCAGCGACGAAGACGUCGCGCCGUCGCUGCCACAUCUAUCAACAGCAACUACAGGGACUCAAACCACCGGAGAUGUGGGUCGCCAGGACGCACAAGUACAAGUCGACCGGGAGCCAACACCACCCGAGCCGCACACAACGCAAUACUCGAUGACGACCGCCCUACUUGGAACUCACGAGCUUCGCGUGCUUUCGGAUGUCGCUGGGCGAGUCCGCGUUGUCCAUCGCGCGUGCAGUGAAGCAGCGGUACCUUCUAAAGUGAUUGCCACUCGGGAUGCCUCAGAGCAAAUUGUUAUCGAGCACCACGACCAAGGUGUCAACACAGUAACUUGUUCGAGUCCGAGUGUUGAUAAGGGGACACAAAUGUCGAUGGAAGAUAUCGAUCCAUCGAAACCUCGACGACUUAUUCCACAACCGCAAGAGGACUCGCCCAACUUUGAGCUGGACUUGUCGAACUUUUCCCGUUCUCAUAUGUAA